CCUCAAUCUUGCUUGCCGUGCCGUGUUUGCUGCCGUGUUUGCUGGCUUUGUGUUGUAUUGUUGAGUGGAAACUAGUAGUGUGAAAUUUAUUAAUAAAGAAGGGGAAAGUCAAAGAAAUGUUUUUAAAAUUAGUAUUGUUUUAAAUCUUGGUAAACUAUUGAUUUUAACAGAUCGCACUAUUCUUCCCGUAAAUAUAUAUUCUAAUUAUAACCAUAAUAACCUUCGAAAAUAAACAAUGGAUCCAGAAAAGCUAAAAGACAUAGGUAAAAUAUGUAUACCCGGUAUGAGAUUAUGUUUAUUGAAUAAAGAAUUCAUAUCUGGACCAGGAACAUAUGAAUUGAAAGGGUAUAUAUAUGCUGCUUUGGCUGGUGUGUUGAAAAUGGAGGAAGAUGAAAAAACAAAAAUUACCAUUGUAUCAGUAGAAAGCCCAAGAACACCAAGUAUACUGCCAAAAACCGGUGAUAUAGUGACUGCCAAAGUAACAGUGGUAAACUCAAGAAUGGUACAAUGUGUAAUCUUGUGUGUGGGACCUUCAGUGCUUGUGAGACCUUAUCGAGGAGUGCUGAAGAAAGAAGACAUAAAAUCUACAGACAAAGACAGAAUAGACCCGUAUAAAUGUUUCCGACCGGGUGAUGUUAUACUGGCAAGAGUUCUUCCUAUGACAGAAAUACAUUGGUACCAUUUAUCAACAGCAGAAAAUGAACUUGGAGUGGUGAUAGCAACAGCAGAAGGAUCACCACAGAGAGUGGGGAUGGUGCCUAUCAGCUGGUCUGAAAUGCAAUGCCCUAAGACCCUAGCAAAGGAACCUAGAAAAGUUGCCCGAGUCAUUCCAGAGACAAUAAAUCAAGCCUUAUUCACAGUUGAUAAAAAAAUUGAGGGUGAAAAAGAAAAGGCAACAAAUACAAGACAACAAUCUUGAUGAAUAAUUUUAGAGUAUUAUCUAAUAAAUAUUAUUUUAAAACAAA